AUGCAGAGGGCAACCAAUGUUACCUACCAAGCUCAUCAUGUCAUCAGGAAUAAGAGAGGCCAGGUGGUAGGAACAAGAAGUGGUUUUCGUGGAUGCACAGUCUGGUUAACAGGUCUAUCUGGUGCUGGGAAGACUACAGUGAGCAUGGCACUGGAGGAGUAUUUAGUAUGUCACGGCAUUCCAUGCUACACAUUGGAUGGUGACAAUAUUCGCCAAGGCCUUAAUAAGAACCUGGGUUUCACACCAGAAGAUAGAGAAGAAAAUGUCCGUCGUAUUGCUGAGGUUGCUAAACUGUUUGCAGAUGCUGGUUUGGUGUGCAUUACUAGUUUCAUCUCUCCUUAUACUCAGGAUCGUAAUAAUGCCAGACGAAUUCAUGAAGGGGCAAGUUUGCCUUUUUUUGAAGUAUUUGUGGAUGCUCCAUUGCAUGUCUGUGAGCAGAGAGAUGUUAAAGGACUCUAUAAGAAAGCCAGGGCUGGAGAAAUUAAAGGUUUUACUGGGAUUGACUCAGAGUAUGAGAAACCAGAAUCCCCAGAGCUUGUGCUGAAAACUGAUUCCUGUGAUGUUAAUGAUUGUAUACAACAAGUUGUGGAACUUCUUCAAGAGAGGGACAUUGUACCAGUGGAUGCCUCUUAUGAGGUGAAGGAGCUUUAUGUGCCAGAAAACAAGCUGCAGUUAGCCAAAACUGAUGCUGAGUCUCUGUUAACCUUGGAAAUAAAUAAGGUGGAUAUGCAAUGGGUGCAAGUGCUAGCAGAAGGUUGGGCAACACCCUUGAAUGGCUUUAUGAGAGAGAGAGAAUACCUACAGUGCCUUCAUUUUGACUGUCUCCUUGAUGGGGGAGUUAUUAAUCUGUCAGUGCCUAUAGUGCUAACAGCUACUCAAGAAGACAAAGAAAGACUGGAUGGGUGUACAGCAAUUGCAUUGGUGUAUGAGGGUCGCCGUGUGGCUAUUCUUCGCAAUCCCGAAUUCUACGAGCACAGGAAAGAGGAACGCUGUGCUAGACAAUGGGGAACGACAUGCAAGGAACAUCCCUAUAUCAAGAUGGUUAUGGAGCAAGGGAACUGGCUCGUGGGUGGAGAUCUACAGGUUCUUGAUCGUAUUUAUUGGAAUGAUGGACUUGAUCAAUAUCGUCUCACUCCAGCUGAACUAAGGCAGAAAUUCAAGGAAAUGAAUGCUGAUGCUGUCUUUGCAUUCCAGUUACGCAACCCAGUGCACAACGGGCAUGCUCUUUUAAUGCAGGAUACUCAUAAGCAGCUUUUGGAACGUGGCUACCGGCGCCCAGUUUUACUCUUGCAUCCGCUUGGGGGCUGGACGAAGGAGGAUGAUGUUCCUCUCAUGUGGCGCAUGAAGCAACAUGCUGCAGUACUGGAGGAGGGUAUUUUGAAUCCAGAAACAACAGUGGUGGCUAUAUUUCCUUCCCCCAUGAUGUAUGCUGGACCAACUGAGGUUCAGUGGCACUGUAGAUCACGAAUGGUUGCAGGAGCUAACUUCUACAUUGUAGGGCGAGAUCCAGCAGGGAUGCCACACCCUGACACUGGGAAAGACCUGUAUGAACCAACUCAUGGUGCCAAAGUGUUGACGAUGGCUCCAGGUCUCCGAGCGCUAGAAAUCGUACCCUUCAGAGUUGCAGCUUAUAAUAAGAAAAAGAAGUGCAUGGAUUAUUAUGACUCUGAUCACCACGAAGACUUCGAAUUUAUAUCGGGGACCCGCAUGCGCAAGCUGGCUCGAGAAGGACAAAACCCACCGGAAGGCUUCAUGGCUCCUAAGGCUUGGACUGUGCUGACAGAAUACUACAAAUCCUUGGAGAAGGCUUAGGCUUCUUAUUAACUGCAGAUCAACCUUUGACGCCUGAUUUAUUUACGAGAAGGGGACCACACAGUCACCGUUCAUGUUGCUUUGUUGUGGUGUCUGUCAGGAAGUUCUUCUCUGAAAACAGACUCUUUCUCCCUAACUUAGCAUCAUUCUUUGCCUGUCCUUAUGGGUUCUAUUAUGUCCUGGCACCUAACUAGCUGCUGUUUUUAAUGUCUUCUCUUUUAUUACAGUUAAUAUUCUUGCAGUAGGAUUUUUAACUCUUGUCUUUUUUUUUAUAUUUUACUGCCUCUGUCCUAUGAGUUCUGCAGCUGUUAAAUAGAUGCAGCUUUUUUCAUAUGUUAUUUAAACUGCUGGGUAUUGUCUGGUUUUAGUAGUUUGUAGGAGAAAAUGUAAUGGUUAGACCCUUAACUAUAGAUAGAUUAUCUAUAAAUCAAAAAAGUAAAUAACUUUUAAAACAUCUGUAAAAAUGUCAUCAUCUUUAUCUCAUCAUAAUUUCCAGAAGCACUUAACAUUAAUUUCUCACUAUAUGUAAUCAAAAAGCAGAGGUUUUUUAUGUAGCAUAAUUAAACUAAUUUGCUUUCUUUGUUUAGUUUUGGAGAUCAUCGACGAUUCUCUUCUGCUGUGGACCUGUAAAGAUGGCCAAGUAAUGAAUAAAAGAAAAUACCUAGUUUUCAUUUUGAAUUGAUAAAUAAUCCAGAUUUUUUUUUAUGUGGUUAUUGCCGUAGAUAUCAGUAGGGAAUGUUUUAUUUCAUUUGAUACAACUUUCUAGUUUUUAGUUCCAGAUAUACUUACUUGUUCGGCCUACUACAACUUUAAAAAAGUAUGGCAGACCAACCUUGAAUUCAUGUUUAAUUAUUGCAAGAAAAAUAAAAAAAAAUCGUUGGAUCUUGGCAUUUCCUGUGGUACAAAUACUUAGUCCUGAGGUUUUCUGGCUAUUUUUCAAGGUUUCCAGAGAGUAACCUCAUUCUCUUGGUUCAGUUAUGCUUGCUUGAAAGACAAAGCAUAUGUUGUUCUUCUAGGAUUCUUCAAAAAUCCGGAAGUUGGUUAACUCAGUAUGUGAA